AAACAGAGCUAAAGUUAGACGGAACUGUUAUGCCAGUUUAUGUUUAAGUCGGCUCCAAUAUCCAUGACGGACCGAACACGGAACCGAAUCAGACCAUCAACAUUAUUAACUCAAAAGGGUUUUAAACACGACCGCAAAUCUCAAAUUCCUAAAAUAUUGGUUGGACUGCUACUUCAUCGUAAGAGCUAACAUUUUCCUCACGAGUCGACGCCAUACGUCGUUGGUAAAGGUCGGUUAGCAACAAGAAAAACAAUGGCUUCCAGGUCGCCGUCGUCCUCUCCGGACACCGCGACGGGUUCAGGUACCGACCCGGCCCGGCCAGACACCGGGGAGCCCCUCGGUGGAGCGGGCUCGGACUCAGACUCGGACUUGGGUUUGUGUAAAUUUGACUACGGUGCAAUGGAGGCUGGGGAACGUCUUGAAGGUGAUGAACUGGUGCAGGAGUUCCAAUCAGCCGCCGACCGUGUUGGAGGUUUGGUCCAAACUGCCAGCAGGGACCAAUUACUUUACCUUUAUGCACGCUACAAACAGGCCAAAGUGGGAAAAUGCAAUACACAAAAGCCAGGCUUCUUCGAUUUCGAAGGACAGAGGAAAUGGCAAGCAUGGAAGCAGCUUGGGGACAUGGAGGCGGAGCAAGCAAUGCAAGAAUACAUUUCUUGUGUCAACAUGUUAGACCCUGAAGGCAGCCAGAGGGAGAGCAGAGGAGCAGAGAGGCGAACGGGCUUUGGAGGAGCAGCGGUCAGCUCUUUGUACCAAGAGGAGACGAUCAGAGAGGAGGAUAAGAACAUAUUUGAUUACUGUCGAGAAAACAACAUUGAGCACAUCAGCAGGGCCAUCAGCUCCCAGAAUGUGGACAUCAACGGCAAAGACGAAGAGGGUCGAGCUCUCCUACACUGGGCUUGCGACAGAGGCCACAAGGAGCUGGUUUCAUUUCUUCUACAGCACAAAGCUGAUAUCAACAACCAGGAUAAUGAAGGACAGACGGCGCUACAUUAUGCAUCGGCAUGUGAAUUUGGCGACAUCGUGGAGCUCCUGCUGAGUGCCGGCGCUGACCCAUCCAUCAAAGACAUGGAGGGCUCCCUCCCUGAGGAAGUCACAGAAUCCCGCGCCAUCUCUUCACUGCUGCGCCAGUACACAGCUCCUAAAGGCUAGGGCCGCCAUGCCACAACUUCCGACAUCCUUCCCGUGUCAUUGUCUGAUCAACUCAAAUUUCCCAGCAUCCCUCACUCCUCCAGAGAGAGACUGUGGCAACCCAAACAGUUGUGUUUGUGUUUAAUUUGUUCUUUUUUUUUGCUCCUAAACGGUUGAGGUUAGUUGGAUUUGCUGUGGUUCAUCUUCAUUUGAAACAAUGAAAUUCACCCUACUUUGCCACUAGGGUUGGCCGACGUGGCGAUGGAUCCAAAAAGUUCCUUUAUCUACAGCACUGUCAGGUAUUUAAAUCAUUUGACAAGACAAAAGACUUCUAUUUUCUCUUCCACAACCACUGUGGACGGUUCUGACCAUUGCUGCAGGUUGGUGAUUCACUAGUGUUUCAUUCCAAAGAAUGCAUUAUUGUAUGUCAU